AUGGAUGAUGAGAAUCAAUGCGCCUUUUGCGGCUCGAGAGACUUCUACGUCGACGAAGAUGGAAGAACCUACUGCGCUCAAGGUCACGAGCAAGCCAGAGGUCAUGUUGUUGACGACGACGAAGCAGAUUAUGCGAACAGAGGCAGAGUCGUAAGGAAGAAGGAAGCAAAGGAGAAACAGAAACUUUCCAGAGGCAAGUUCAUAUCUACGGCCUUCCUUCGAGGGGCCAAGGCAUAUCAACUCUUUCUUCAGUGCUGGCAGUUCAUUCUGUGGAAACAGUGUCACGCCCUCGUCCAUCAGAAAGCCUUGCCAGACGAACUGUGGACUGUGGUUCGUGAAUUAUGGACACUAUGGCUUUCAAGAUUAGAUCGCCGGCUGCAGGACCCAACCCGAUCUGACACUCUGACGGAGACAGAGGGAGAAAGCGACUCAGCUGCAGAUGAUACGGGCGCAGAAUCCCAUAUUGCGAGAGAAGCUACGGACACCCAGAAACACAAAGGAAAAGUCCCGAGUCCCCUGUUGAUCGAUACAAUUGCCCUCAACUACCUUGGCAUUAUCAUCUUACGGAGACCAGUGAGCCUGGCAACCUUGUUGAAAUGGAUCCAACUUGAAGAUGUCCCAUUCAUUCGCGCCAUCAGACAUGUGCCACAAGACAUGAAGGACCGUUUGCCUUCCGAAUACCACCUUUCACUCGACACAAUUCGAGUCCUCGAGGCUAAUGAUCUCCAGCUUGCCAUAUAUCGUCGAGCUGAAAUGUUCAAUUCGACCUUUGGAAUGAUAUUACCGCCACUGAACGUUAAUCUGUUUCUCCUAAGCUAUGUUAGGUCACUGGCACUUCCGAUCGAAGUCUAUGGAAUGGCUCAGCGAUUGAAUCUUAUGUCGAAGUAUACUUUCGCCUAUCCUGACGCGACAGCAUCCGAGAAGACGCGACGACAUGCGACGACAUAUCCCGAAGCACAGCUAAUGUCACUUUUGGUGGUUGCUACAAAACUUCUCUUUCCAUUUGACGGAGCAACAGUCAAACGUUACCCGAAACGAACCAACGACCCCGCCACACUUCGUAUGAAUUGGUCGGCUUGGUUUGAAGCAAAGACUCGCUAUGAACAGGCACUAGACGAGAUGCAUGAGUCUAGCGGCGGUCUCAAACCAGGAACGGAGAUCAACGUCACGGAUAGGGACGCCUUCAGCAUGACCGAUAAGCAACUCGACCAGUACAUGGACUGGUACCAGCGAACAUGGAUCGACUCUGCAGCAUCGCAAUCGCAAGGGCAAGGGCAAGAAAGUGCUCUGGACAAGGACGUUCUCGACAUGUUCCCUCUCCAUGAUGUUCCUCCGGUGGGGGCCACAGGGCGUGAAAAUGAUCUUCAGAGCGCACAGUCUCAUUCUCAAUCCUACUUGGAAACCCGGAUACGAGAAGUUCAAGCCUCUCUCCAAUCGCGGCGAGCCAUUAGCUCCGAAGAUGAGACAGAGUAUGGUCUUAGCCUGCUCAGACCAGGCACUCUCUAUCCACGCCACGUUUCCAUUGAGCAGAUAGACUCGGUGGGUCGGGAAGUGCGCGCGUUCUAUGAAGAAGCUGCGCAGGUGUCGUGUCUCAGUCUCAAGACUUUGAUGAGAGCCGUCACCAGCACAGAGGAGAAGGUCGAGCGUUGGCUGAGAGAGAAACGAAGGAGGGAUCUGUUCGGCGAAGAAAGUCCCGAUGAGGAAGGUGAUCCCAACCUGCAAGAAGAGGAAGAGGUCAACUUGCCUGCGACUAGUCCUCCGAGCAAGUUGGUAGGUGAGAUUGAAGGUCUGGAGUUGGGAUCAUCACCUGCGCUCCACGAUCACGAGGGAGACAUCGACAUGACACUGCUCCCCGAGCUGGACGCCGAUGCUGGACCGUCACGAUGA